AUGAAAUCCAUUGCCUUUGUUGCGAGCCUGGCGCUCGCUUUAGCUCCCGUCAGCUUCGCCCACACAAUCUUUUCUCGAUUCUAUAUCGAUGGAGAAUCUCAGGGCGACGGCACUUGCAUCCGAGUGCCCCUGGAUACUCGCCCUUCCACCAACCCCAUCACCGACGUGACCAGCGAUGACAUGGCCUGUGGAUUUGACGGCACCCAUGGGGCGAACUUCACUUGCCCUUCCUCCGCGGGUGCUACCCUUACUUUCGAGUUCCGUACCUGGCCCGACGCCCGUGAGCCCGGUGCUAUUGAUCCUUCGCACCGCGGUCCUUGCUCUGUAUACGUCAAACCUGUGUCCGACAUAUUGACGAACCGUGCCGCUGGCCCUGGUUGGUUCAAAAUCUGGCACGAGGGUUAUGAUGAGGACGAAGAACUCUGGUGCACCGAAAAACUCAUCAACAAUCGCGGCUUGCUCUCCGUUGAGCUGCCGUCCGGUCUCCCUGCUGGCUAUUACCUUGUCCGUCCCGAGCUCCUCGCCCUACACCAGGCCUAUAGCAAGGGCAUCCCCGAGUAUUAUCUCGGAUGCGCCCAGAUCUACGUCGAAAACGGACCCCGAGGCUCCCUUAACAUCCCAUUCCAAUACCAAGUUGACAUUCCUGGCCACCUCGACGGGUUGGAACCAGGGAACAACUUCAACAUCUACAACCCGGAGUUCCCCUACACCAUCCCCGGCCCGGAACCCUACUCCCCGCGCGCUAGAUCCAACAUGGCGGCAUCUGAGCUGUCCCUCUCAUCCUCGUCCUCUUCGGCCAUCGACGGCGCCAUCCCCUCCGACUGCCUCCUCAAGAACGGAAAUUGGUGUGGCCGCCCCAUCGAGCCCUACUCGGACAGCUCGGGGUGCUGGGCCGCCGUAGAGGAAUGCUUUGCGCAGGGCAGCGCCUGUUACAACCCCGCCCCGGCAACCGGCGUCAAGAAUUGUGACCAGUGGAACAAGCUGCUGUGCCACGCCAUCCAAGACCGCUGUGGCGCGCGUGACUUCGAAGGCCCCCCCGAGGUAGAGCUCACUGAGAUGGGCCCCGAACCCCCCGGCCAUAUCCCGGCUGCCGUGAAUAGGGGCGCCGGCGCCUUUGAUCCCGACGAGGGCCCGUCUCCGGGUUCAGAAGCCGGGGAGGGUCUCGGUGAUGUCGACGACGACAACGGCGACCGUCCACGCUUGGCUGUCUCCCCGGACGGCAGCUGCGGCGGGAACACGGGCUACACCUGUAUCGGCAGCAGCUUCGGCAACUGCUGCUCGCGCCGGGGCCAAUGUGGCCAGCGUACUCGUCAUUGCGGUUGCGGCUGUCAGUCUGCCUUUGGUUACUGUCGACAGGGUCCUGGGCAGGUCAAACAAUAA